GUCGUCGUAAAUAUAUCUUACGUUUUUUGGCAGCCUGGCUAAACAUUGGAAAUUUCUUAUCAAAACACAUUUGUGGUGUCUAAUUACCUUUGAUGGCUGUUCUACUGCAGUAAAAGAUGGUGAAUAUUUAACUCGUGAAGAUUUUAUGAACAAUGCACUUCAUAAAGGCUUUUCAAUUAGUCAACCAUGGCAAUGGCUGCUCCAACCUGGCGUCGGCAACUGCCUUUCGCUCCCGAUGUUGACACAAGCAUAACUUCAAAUGUUAUAAUCCAGCGCUGUAUAAAAAUGGACGAAAGACAAAAUGUAGUUACCGGUGUUGGUAAGAAACGCUUAACACCCGAGGUUGUUGCUAUGCUUUUAACUCUUGACUGCGACAUUGAUAAAUCAAUAAAGGAAAAGCGACUAAGUAUUACUUCUAGUAAGAAUAACAACAGUACUUAUGUGUGUAAGACACCGACUAAAGUUGAUUGUAACGUUGGUAUUGUGAACAUAGUCAAGAUAUCAGGUCAACCUUUAGGAUUUUCACUGCGUGAAUAUAAUGUCAAUAAAGGAGAACGGCCUGGUGGAAUAUUCGUAUCACGUCUUACUCCUGGAGGUGUUGUCGAACAGAAUUCUUUGCUCAGCAUUGGAGAUGAGAUUUUGGAGAUUAAUAGCGUUCCUGUGAACGAUUAUAAACUAAGUGAUGUUGUUGCCAUGAUUCAAAUUCCAAAGAAAUUGUCAUUAAGAGUAAGAUUCGGACAUGAAGGAUUAUCUAAUGAUAAGGACAUUGGAGAAACCAACUCAAACUUUACCUGUGUGAAAAAAAUAAAUAAAUCCGACAAUUAUAACAACCAGGAGUUGAACACUCAGGCUUCAUUACCUGGCGAGUCUGGGUUUUCGCAAUUUCGACGUAGCUCUUCGGGCAGAAUGUUACCAGAUCUGCCUGCGGGGCUGCAACACUCUGAACAUCUUGAAAUAGAUAAUGAAAGAGUGACUCGUAUUGAUACAAAUAAAUUUUUCAAUUCAAAAGUUUCGCAUCGAACACAGUUGAACCAGAAGAAUGAUUCAAAGACUUCUAAAUACCAGCAACUCAAUCCUAAUGGUAUUUAUCCUUUUAAUGGUUCGAUCAAUCCGAAAAAUUUCCCCGUAAGAGCAACAAAUCAAAGAAGAUCUACAGGUGAUAUUACGUUAGUAGACACCGUAGGAAAAUCUUUACAAAAUGAUGUACAAGAUGGGGUUAAUAUAUCUAGACGUUUGGAUCCUAGCGAUGUUAAGUUUGACAUUGUCUCGUCGAACAAUCCAAAAGUUAAUUCAACAUCAAAAACAUCCCACUCAAUCAAUGAAAUCAAGAUUGAAGCAAAGCAAAACUGGUUUAAGGAAUCGGAGUCGUUCGGAUCAAGCUCGUCGCUGUCGAGCUCAGAAUCACCUAUAGUAAGAUCAUCCAAUCAUAAGACCAGUAUAGGUGCUCUGUCGCGUUCAGAAAUGCUGACAGUAUCAUCCCGGCUCUCUGAUAACAGUCCAGUUAGUUCUUCAACUGAAAAUGAAGAUCACAACUGCAAUGUUAUACUUCGAAAAGAAAAAGUUGAACACGAGAAGCAUUCCUUCUUUCAUCCAUCGUCUUCUGACGAUAUAAGAGAAUCCAACAAUAAUAGUUGGUUUUCAAAGAUCAGUAAUCAAAAAAGAAAGCAAGUUCGAAAAUUUUCGGAGGGAAGUCGAGCACUUUCAAAAGCCCUUACGGGUGACCCGUAUCGUGUUCAUGAACCCAAAGAUAUCUCCUCCGAUGAUGCAGAACACGGAUACAGAUUAUACCCUGGUAUCCCUCAAGAAUCCCAACCGCGUGCUGUUUCAGGAAUGUUAACUUUAGCUAUUAUCAAGGGAGCGCAACUUGGUGAUUUUAGUGGAAAAGAAAAACGAAAGAAAACUAAAGUAUUUUGUAGCAUCGAGUCUGAUGGAGUUAAGCAAGCAUCUACACUUGCAAAGAAAGGUGGUAACGACUUCGAGUGGAACGAAAGUUUUGAAAUCGAACUGCAACGAUCACGGGAACUCUGUGUUAACGUUUACACACGUUUCAAAAAGAAUGACACAAAGAUUGCCGAAGGAACGUUGAGCCUUGCUUCGUUACAUAACGAAGGAAAUGAACAUUGCCUUGCUGUAUGUCUAGAACCUUUUGGCUUGCUUUGCAUCAAGUUAUCAUUUACUGAUAUGAAAUUUAUGCUCCAACGAACACCAUCGCAAAAGAAAGAAGGUGUAUUUGGGUUUCCUCUUGAAACUGUAUUGCGUCGAGAGGGUUCAAAAAUACCUAAUUUGAUUCGGAAGUGUGUUGAAGAAAUUAAUGCGAGAGGACUCGAAACUACUGGUAUCUAUCGAAUAUGUGGAAAUGCCGCUAAAAAGAAGGCAUUGCGGGCACAAUUUGAUAAUGAUAGUUCUAAUGUGAAUCUAAAUUCCACUGAGAAUCCAGUUGAUGUUAACAUAAUUACAGGACUACUCAAAGAUUAUCUUCGUGAGCUACCUCAACCUCUUCUUUCGCAAGAUAUUCGUGAAUUACUAAUUUCUCAAGACGUAGACACAUUAUCCGAAACAGUGCUCUCCCAAAUAGUUGACAAAUUUUCUCGAUUGGGCAAAGCGACAAUAAUGUACUUGUUUGAUCAUUUUUCCACUGUGCUUAUGAACAGUGAAGUAAAUAAGAUGGAUAGCCAUAACCUAGCUGUAUGUAUAGGACCUGUGCUCCUAUGUCCUUCAUUGAGUCUAAGUACUGUAAGCACUGUCAAUGAUACGAAAAAAGACAUUAAUGCUAUAAGACUGCUGCUAGAAGUUUGGCCGAAGCCUGAACAAGUCUCAGCUUGCUAAAAACAGGUAGUUUGAAUGCUUGGGGUUAUGUCGUUUUUUCACCUUUUUAAAUCCUUAGAUGUUUGAAUUAGCAUCAUAAUGUGUCAUAUAAAGUAAAAAAUGAUUGUAGCUUUUGUGAGAAGUUCAUUUUAAUGAUUUUUCGUUCGUA